UGCAGCGCGGCGUAGUUUGAAUGGCGCUGGCUCCGCGGAGUGGGCCCCGGCGCUAGGGCUCCACCGCCGCCCAAUCCGGCGGCUUCCAUUUGAGGCCUGGCCAGCACCAGUAGCACCAGCGGCGCUGGACCAUGAGCAGCAGCAGGGAUUUCGGUGAUUAUGGCAUCUGAAGCCAAAAAUGUUAGAAAACGAAACCUAUUGUAUAUUGAGGGUCGUACUGUUGAUCUCCCUAGAAAAAGGAGCUCUCGUUCCAUUAAUGAGAACAUGAAGGAGGGUAAGAAAUCUGCAAAACAUUUGGCUUCUUCCAUAAGCAGAACAACAGUUGGACAAACUGUGACCAGCCCCCAUCCUCUGUACAAAGUAGUAUAUUGCAGAAGAAAAGUUCACUAUUAUUCUCCAAAGCCUUGUUUCAGAAAGAAACAGCUCCCUAAAGUCAGGGGCCGUGACAUGGCAAAUAAGGAAAAUGAACUGGCAUGUGCAGGUAAUCUGCCAGCAAAAUUGCCUGCUGAUGGACGUACAUUCUUACUGAAUUCCAAUGAUUCUAGCCGUUCUCAAACAGAGAGUCCUUCAUCAAAAUAUAGUGGUUUUUUUUCAGAGGUUUCUGAAGAUCAUGAUACAAUGGCACAAGUUCUCUUCAGUAGAAAUCUCCGGCUGAAUGUAGCUUUAACCUUCUGGAGAAGAAGAAGUAUAAGUGAGCUCGUAGCUUAUUUAGUGAGGAUACAAGAUCUGGGUGUAGUGGUAGACUGCCUUCCUGUCCUUACCAGCAGCUUACAGGAAGAAAAAACAUAUAUUUCCGUCGGCUGCUGUGUAGACCUUCUCCCAUUAGUAAAAUUAAUGCUCAAAAGCAAAUUUGAAGAAUAUGUAAUCGUUGGUUUAAAUUGGCUCCAGGCUGUGAUUAAAAGAUGGUGGUCAGAGCUCUCUUCCCAUACAGAAAAGAUAGAAGAUGGUAAUAUUCAGAUUUUAAAGGAACAAUUAUGUGGAUUGUGGAAACAAGAAAAUCAUCUUACAUUGGUUCCAGGAUAUACGGGUAACAUAGCAAAGGAUGUGGAUGCUUAUUUAUUACAGCUGCACUGACGUUCCUGGAGGACAACGUAUGUAUGUGCGCAUGUGAACACACAUUAGUGUGUAUUGGCUAAGAAAACCUUUCAAGUAAAGCUGAACUAUAAUUUCCAAAAGGACUUCUCUUCUGAAAACUGACUUUGGCAGAAGAGGACUAGACCGUUGGACUCUUUAAUGCAACCACUAAAAAUCCAUCUGCUUCACAUUGAAGUGGAAAAAAAUCUAAUAGGAGCAGCUUUUACUUCAAUGAGGUGAAAGAGCACUAUGAAAACUGUAUGUAUGCCUUUGCUGCAUUUCGGGAGUUGUUCAAUUAUCUGGUGAAGUCGUGAAAGUGUUUCUACUACAUAAUUGUAUAAAACGGCAAAACUUAAUUGUGAAGACAGAAUUGCAGAACUAGCUACUAGAAACCACGGGAGACCAGUCGCCAUAAAUAUUUUUUAAACUUUGUUUUUCGUAUGAACUGUAAAAAUGUGUAUAUUUUCAAGAUAUGUUAAAAAUUUGCAGUUUUGCUAUAUUGAAAUUCUGAAAUGUGUGUCUGCUAUAUUAAUCAAGAUAUUAAAGACUAUUUUUGUUGCA